UUUAAUUUUUUUUUUUUUUUUUUUUUUUUGGUUAGUUUUUUUUUUUCCUUUCUUUCUUUCUUCAUCUCGUGAGCGAGAGAUAGUACCUGAACCCUAGCGGAGAGCUUUUCUGGGAGAAACAAAACAGAUAUCUUUCUUUUCAUCGCACUAAGGGCAAAAAAAAAAAUGCAGAAUCCGAGACUGAAGCAACAGCAACAACAACAACAACAAGUUUUGAUGCAGCAACAAGCUCUGAUGCAGCAACACUCUCUUUACCAUCCUGGUGUUUUGGCUCCUCCUCAGUUAGAGCCUGUUCCAAGUGGAAACCUUCCUCCUGGUUUUGAUCCCAGUACUUGCCGUAGCGUGUAUGUUGGAAACAUCCAUACACAGGUCACAGAGCCUCUGCUUCAAGAGAUUUUUACUAGCACUGGCCCUGUUGAAAGCAGUAAACUCAUCAGGAAGGAUAAGUCAUCAUAUGGAUUUGUUCACUACUUUGACCGUAGAUCUGCUGCUCUGGCUAUACUGUCCCUGAAUGGAAGGCAUCUGUUUGGACAGCCUAUCAAAGUCAAUUGGGCGUAUGCCACUGGUCAGAGGGAAGACACUUCAAGCCAUUUCAACAUUUUUGUUGGAGAUCUCAGUCCAGAGGUUACUGACGCUACAUUAUAUCAAAGCUUUUCUGUUUUUCCCGCUUGUUCGGAUGCAAGAGUUAUGUGGGACCAGAAAACUGGGCGCUCAAGAGGCUUUGGGUUUGUUUCUUUCCGCAAUCAACAGGAAGCUCAAACUGCCAUUAACGAGAUGAAUGGUAAAUGGUUAAGUAGCAGACAGAUCAGAUGCAACUGGGCCACGAAGGGCGCUACUUCUGGUGAGGAUAAGCACAGUUCUGAUGGAAAAAGUGUUGUCGAACUUACAACUGGCUCAUCAGAGGAUGGUAAAGAGACCUUAAAUGAGGAAGCACCUGAAAACAAUUCUCAGUUUACUACUGUUUAUGUGGGAAACCUUGCUCCAGAGGUAACUCAGCUUGAUCUACACCGCUACUUCCAUGCUCUUGGCGCUGGAGUUAUUGAAGAGGUUCGUGUCCAACGAGACAAAGGCUUUGGUUUCGUGAGAUAUAAUACGCAUCCCGAGGCUGCUCUUGCUAUUCAGAUGGGUAACAGUCAGCCUUACCUCUUUAACAGACAGAUAAAGUGCUCAUGGGGAAACAAACCAACUCCACCAGGUACAGCCUCAAACCCACUUCCCCCUCCUGCCCCAGCACCAGUGCCUGGUCUGUCUGCAGCUGAUCUCUUAGCCUAUGAAAGGCAAUUGGCACUAAGCAAGAUGGCUAGUGUGAAUGCCCUAAUGCAUCCACAGGGUCAACACCCUCUAAGGCAAGCAGCUCAUGGAAUGAAUGCAGCUGGACAUACUGCAGCCAUGUACGAUGGUGGCUAUCAGAAUGUUGCCGCCGCACAACAGCUCAUGUACUAUCAGUAAUAAACCUCCGAUCGUGGCACUGAUCUUAAGUUCAUUCUCUUUGCUUUUCUUUCUUUUGUUUUUCCUUUUUCUAGAACUUGUUUGUGUGUGUGUCUGUCAUCUCUCACUUAAGUUAUCUAUAUAAAGCUUCAUCUUCAGCUGUAUGCUUAGUUUAUGUAUCCCCAUGGAUUGUAAGACAAGCAAAUUACAUUUAAUAAAAGGGAUUUGGAUGUCCA